UACAAUUGUCAAAUAGAACACUUUGAAAGAUAAAAAUGAUGAUUUAUUAUGUACAUGAAUAACUUUGUAGAUUCCAACAUGUUGGGUGUAAUCAUAAGCGUUGUAGCAAGUCAGAUCAUUGGAACCAUAUGGUACUCUUCAUACUUCCUUGGCAAACCAUGGAUGAACAACAACUAUCCUGGGAAGUCUUCAGAACAGAUUAGUAGAGAAGGCAACUUUCCUGUUGCAAUUGGUGUCACUAUUGUUGGACAGGCUUGUCUUGCUUUGGUUCUUUAUUACAUACUACUGUCUUAUCUUGGCAUAUCUGGUGUAGAAGGUGCCAUCAGAGUCGGUGUUGGACUGGGAGUUCUGGUAACCAUUAGUGACAUCCCUCACUGUUUGUUUUCCUGUAGAUCAGUAAUUGUUUUCAUCAUCGACCAUUUGUACGACACUGCUGUAUUUGUUGCAAUGUGUACCUCCAUCGUACAUUUUGGAUGAACAUUUGAUCAGGAUUUGUUGAAACUUGUUGUAUGUUUAUGCUAAAUGCAUGCUUAUUAUAGUCAUAGUUUUAUAACUUAUUGAUAAUAUUAAUUAUGGUAAGUAUCCAUAUUCAUAGUGCCAUAUCUAUUGGGUAGAAAUUCAGAUGU